CGCGCGCCUCCUGCUCCUUUUGUUUACUCUGACGUCAUUCACACGCGCCACACACAUGUUCACGCUCACUCGGACCAGGUAUGUAAUCACUCUUUCAGACGUGCUUUUAAAUCGCUCAUGUCGCCUUUUGUGCCUUUUAAGUACACUUAAGUGAAUAGUUUGAUGUUGUGUCGUCGUAAGUAGCUCUGUCUACAUGUGGCAGCUCAUGUUCUACCCUGCAGAUUCAAACAGAAGUAGAUUUCCUGUUUUAAGUUUCAUUCAAAGCUAGUACUCCUUUCUUUCACAUGUAAAUCACCUCAAGUAAUGUAAGGUUCUCUAAAAAGUAUAUAAAAUCAAUGAUUAUCAAGUGAAUAAUGUCCUCUGUGUUUUCAGGUCAUGUAUUUGAGGUGAUUAGAUGAACAGAAAUGGCCCAGAUGAACUCAGCUGAGGGUGAACUCCAGCUGAAUGGAGUCUCAGAGGAGAUGGAUCUUCUUCACAUUGAUGUGGAGACUGAUGUGGUGGAAGACAAGCCGGGGAGAGAAGACGCGGCGUGUUCAGUAAGUUCUUAACCACCUAUUUCUUUCACUGAAUGAGUAGGGUUUCAAAGGGGCGGAAAGUUUCUGGUAAAUUUCCAGAAAUUUUUCAUGGGAAGUUAAGCUGGGGAAUUUUGGAAAUACUCCAAAUUGGAAACUUUCCAUGGGAUUUAUGGGAAUUAACUGGACAUCAGAUGGCGAAUAUGGCAAACAUCUCUUUAACGUUGCCUAAUUUCUAAACACAACUCACCUACUUUCUUCAAGCAGCCACUUGUUGGUACGGAGACCUCAGGCCAGUCCAUUAUGGACUACAGCGGGGUGACACAGCUCAAGGAAGAACAUUUAUGAUCAUUUCUUUAUCCUUUCCUUGAGGUAAUAAUCACCGUAUUUAUUAUUUUGCAUUGCAGAUGCAGUAGUUCUUCUGCCUUAGCGUAAUGAUCAUAAAUGUUCUUCCUUGAGCUGCAUCACCCCGCAGCAGUAACUGGAAAUUGGGGGUAAUUUAAACAAACUGUAUCAUAUCCUAAUAUAAAUGUAAAUAUUUUUCCUUCAAUAUUAGCUUGUGUGAAAUUCUUCCACACAUCAGAUAGCGAACGUGGCAUUUAUCUGUAGAAUAAAAUAACAAAAAAGUCUGUAAAAACACUCAUCCAAUGGGCUGUUCUGUAAUGUUUCUGAUCUCUCUUGAAUUAAUAGAAGAAUGUGUUGAGGAAGCAGCGAAACUGGGAGAGACAGCUUGCAGCGAAGAAAAACAAGAGGAAAGAAGAGAAGCAGCGGAGGAAGCUGAACCGUGAGCAGGAAUCAGGUAGAGACCAAGUGAUGAAACCUGAUAGUUGGAGGUGGAAGAGAUUUACAUUGUGGUCUGAAGGUUCUAUUAUAAACACAACAUCUAUCUGUUGUUUUCUUGUAACGCAGGUACAAGCAGAGCUGAUCCUCCGUUCACCAAACGGGUCAUGAAAGCAAUCACCAAAGAGCGUCUGGUGGAGGCUCAGUCCACAGGGCUCAGACUGUGUGUUGAUCUGAGCAUGACGGACAGCAUGUCUGACAAAGUGAGCCUCACAUCAUUACUCUUAGACCACAUAUGCAUUUUCCUAUUAGCAUUAAUUGACCCAAUUCUAACUGUGGUUGUUUCAGGAGGUGAGUCGACUGGCCGGGCAGCUGAGAAGACUAUACGGGUCGAACAAGAAGGCGACACGACCGUUUCAUGUUUCCCUGACGGACCUGAGAGAGGACAGUCGCCUCUACAGGGAGUGUGUGCGGAUGAACGACGGCUUCCUGAACUACACGGUGAAUCAUUUUUACAGUUUGAAUUUCCAAACAGGAAACUCCAAGCUGCGGAUGGUUUACAACCACACUGGUGCAGCAGUGCAGAAUUUAAUUAAAGGGAUAGUCCGGCGUAAAAUCAAUUUAGGGUCAAAAACACCGUAACACCGAGUUAGACACCCCCUCGAGAGAUGAAUGUUGCUGACCGCUUGCUUCUCUAGUUUUACCAACUUAAGUAACGACCGCACGAUAGCAAUACACAGCGGUCUGAGGAGCCAUAAACAAACAGUACAUAUAGGGUCCCAGCCAUAGCACUAGCCACCAAACAUCUUUUUAACUUUGCCUAGUUUCUUAAGCAAAGAGCUAAACACAAUUAAAUUAGCCUCUUAUGUCUCUAAACUAGAUCAGGAAGAAUAUUUGUAUAAACUACAGAUUCAGACCACUCAAAAUUGUUGUUCUCUUUUUCCUUUUUUCAGAUGGACAUAACAGAAAAAAGCUGUUUGGACCUUUUUCCUCCAGAAACAAUCGUCUACCUCACACCGGACGCUGAAGAAGGUUUGAUUGAUUUGUCUUAAAUCAUCUGUGAAUGAAACUUCUUCUCAGUAAACUUCUGAUCUGUGGAGUUUCACAGAAAUGUGGAGACAUUUAUAACUGAAGUUAAUUGUUUUUGCCAGCAGAGGGCGCACUCUGAUCAUGUUUCUUCAUCUAUAAUGUCUGCUGUACUGACAGAUAUCCUAAUUGUUGUAUUUGAACCAUGGAUAAAUAACGAUUUUGGUGGAUUUUUUGGUUUCCAGAAGAAAACUAUUUAACACUUUUAAGAUAUUUGGAUGACCUUUUUCUCUGUAACACAUCGUUUUCUUACUGCAGCUUUACAAACUGUGGAUGCUGACAAGGUGUACGUCCUCGGAGGUCUUGUGGAUGAAAGUAUUCAGAAGGUAGUUUAAGUUAUAAUUGCUCAGCAGGAACAUGAAUGAGAUGUGUUGUUUUUGUUCCUAAUUUUUGCUCUGCUGUGUCCCUGCAGAAGUUGAGUUUCUCAAAGGCUGCAGAGUUAAGUGUCCACAUGGCGAGGCUGCCCAUCGACGAGUUCAUGGUGAAGAAAAACAACGUUAAGAACUUCCACUCAAAGAUCCUCGCCGUUAAUCAAGGUGAGGAAACAACUUAAACCUACAAAUGCAGUUUUUUUAAAAAUAUUUUCCUUGAUGAUGUUUUCCUUCCCUUGCAGUGUUUGACAUCUUGCUGACUUUUUGCAACACGGGCAGCUGGACUGAAGCCCUGCAGACAUGGUUCCCCCCGGGGAAAGGUUAUGUUGUCGCACCGGAGGAAUCCGGACCACUGUCCGUCCCUCAAACACAGACUUAACUCUCUGAAUCAUGCAGUUUAUUUGUCCAGUCGAGGAUAAUGAGGCUGUUGUUACAAUAGUCCACCAGCCUCUUUGAUCAGAGCUGUUCCCUUAGCAACUGUCUCGUUGUCAUAGCAACGAUCCACUGUUGAGAUAUAACAGACUAGAUGCUAUGUAAAGAUCAACCAUAAUCAAGUGUUUAACACAGUUUUUUUUAAAUUAUGAAAUUAUAUUCAUAACUUUUUCCUAAGUUAACACACACAUUGAAGUUCUUGUUAAGUGUCAAGGCCGGGGAAUCUUGUCACCUAUUUUUAUUACUGAAAAUGAACUUUGUAAAGAAUAAUAAAGUUUCCAUGUAUUUUUAUUUUUCCAUGUGUUAUGAUGUUAAAAGUGUGUCUUUUUCACCAACUUUUCCUCGUGUUUCUGGUGCCAAAUAGCUGAAGCUAAAAGUGGAGGAACUGUGAAGGACCCUACUGAGGAGGAGGGCCUUAUGAGUGAGAAAUCAACAUAGUUUUCUCUGCUUGUUUUUUUACUAUCUGGUUAAAUAAACACAUACUUACAUUA